GAAAACAACAUACCAAGAUGGCGCGGAAUGAAGAGAAACAGCUCGGCAGACUGAACAGGUUGCUUCUAAAACAGAACAAAGAAGAGCAAGAAAAGAAGAACCCAAGGCGGCCAAGGCUUGAUGAUCUACACUCUAGUGAGGCCAUUAAGAAGUGGAUCCCAAGUAUAAAGCGGGAUAUUGACUUCUUUCUUAAGCAAUCGCAGGUACCCUGUUACCCAGACAGUAAAAUCCAGGAGUGUAACAGUAAGAUAGACUUCCUGCGUCGUCAGUAUUGGGCCUUCGUCAGGAAGUUGCGCCAGCUUGACCCAAGCACAAGAGAUACGCCCUGGACAGAGCGACACUAUGCCGCGAAGAAACGCCAACACUCUCCCACUCAUCAGGACACAGAUGAGGAAAUCCAGAAGAAACAACAGUGCAUAGACAACAGUAAUUCUGGAGUGAUCUCCCCUGUCUAUACAUCCUCCACAACAAAUCCAAUCUCUCGUGGAUCAGUUACCUCCCUUGACAAAGUUGUCUCCCCUGACGAGACAGUACCAGAUGUAGUUGAUCGCUACCCUGAUUUCCGUCCUAUUUGUACUCCAAUACUUGAUGGUGACCGUUUAUACCAAACCCUAUAUGGAUACCAGCCGACACCAUGUUUUAUAGCUGAUGGGACUGUGAGCCUUGACCUCCAGGAUCAACCACUGAUUUUUUGCACCAAAGACAACUCUGUGGAAAGCAAUUCCAUUAAUGGCAUGAGUGUAUCUGUUAAUGAUGUAUUUAACUCACAGCUACCCUGCGAUGAUCAGACAAGCACACAUUUAAAUGACCAUAAUGGCCAGGAUUUAUCACAGGACAGUGGGGAUUCUUCAAUUAUACCUAGGACUAGAAAUAGGGAUCCAACUGGAAAUUCUCAAAGUGACAACACAAUGACCAACUGUGGUUUCAUUCCGUACUCUGACUCAUCUGAUGACAAUGAUUAGGGCUCACUCAAUUUGUUGAUUAUUUGCUUAUACUUUCAUAAUACAUAAUUUCACAAUACAU